UAGCGGAUUUCUCACAUCUCGCAUCAAUAUUCAUUCUGCUACAAAAGAUGAAGUCUUCGAGUAGCUGUUCCGGCCUGUCUUUCAAAUCGCAAGCACUGUAUUUGAUGGUUUUCCUAACCCGCUAUCUUGAUUUAUUUUGGACCUUUGCCGAUUCAUUAUACAACACCAUCUUCAAAAUUCUCUUCAUUGCAUCCUCGGCAUACAUCAUUUAUCUCAUGCUUAAUGAUUACAAGCCAACCCAUGAUCCUAAUAUCGAUACGUUCAAGGUUCAAUAUCUCCUCGGCUUCAGUGCUUUGUUCGCACUUGUUUUCCCCCAUGAUUAUAGUGUCUCAGAGAUUCUUUGGACUUUCUCAAUUUGGCUCGAAUCCGUAGCCAUUCUUCCCCAGCUUUUCAUGUUACAGCGAACUGGGGAAGCGGACACCAUUACUACACAUUAUUUGUUUGCCCUUGGCUUGUACAGGGCCCUUUACAUUCCCAAUUGGCUUUAUCGUUACUUUUCGGAUGGCCAUUUUCAACUCCAACCGAUACCUGUACUAGCAGGAAUCAUACAAACUCUUCUGUACUCAGAUUUUUUUUACAUCUACUAUAACAAGGUCAUGAAAGGGAAAAAAUUCUCACUGCCUGUCUGAAGAGCACUGGAAGACUGAAUUUGCAAGUAGGGCCAUAAAAAGGUCAGGGGUGACUGUUGAGUCAUGGAAAACCUCUUCAGCCUGGUCUGUGCUUGUAUCUCUAAUGUGAUGGUGUACCUUUGAGCUUGGUGGGCUAUUAGAAGAACAUCGUGACUGCCUAGCCUCGAAUAUUGACUGCCAUGCCACAAACCAGUACUUCUGAUUUCAUGUGCCUUCCAAUGUAUCACUGCAAAAUAAAGGUCACGCCGGUUUUAGCAAUGUUACGGAGUAUAAAUCAAGAUAUUAUGCCUUGGAGUUAAGGAAGCUGGCGCUUGUCUUCUGAUUGAUAUUAGAAUAUCAAUGUGUGGCACCAUUAUUCGAUUUCUGAUAUAGGUACUACAUAUGGAAAACUGAUUCAAUUCAUUUAUCAUUGACUUGGCCAUCCCCCCCCCAAGACAAAA